AGGCACCGCCCACUUCUCACCAGCCACUAGACACCCUGCGCUCUGUGUUCCCUAUCGCGUGCACUCCACAUCGACGCCUUGUCUAGGCGGGGAUUGGGGGCACCUGGCAGUGUACCGAGCCUUGUAGGGACCGGCCCCACCUCCUGCUCCACCCCACCUACCGGGCCUCACCUCUCCACCCCGCAGGUCCAGCACUCCGUUGCUUAGCUCGCCCCACGUGGUCCGCGUUUCCUCCGUCCCUCCCUCCGACCACCGCUCAGAAGCCCUGGGAGCUCUGGCCGAGCGGGCGGCGCGCUGGGGGGAUGCGCUCCAUCAAGGCUCUGCAGAAUUCGCUGAGCGGGGCCGGCAGUUACUGCCGGCGGGGAGGCUGGGGUCACCUGAGCCGGAGCCCCCUCCUUGGCGGGGGCGUCCGGCACCACCUCAGUGAGGCCGCGGCGCAGGGCAGGGAGACGCCACACAGCCACCAGCCGCAGCACCAGGAUCAUGAUUCGUCAGAGAGUGGCAUGCUGUCCCGUCUGGGUGACCUGCUCUUCUACACCAUUGCUGAGGGACAGGAACGAAUCCCUAUCCACAAGUUCACUACUGCACUGAAGGCCACUGGACUGCAGACGUCAGAUCCCCGGCUCCGGGACUGCAUGAGCCAGAUGCGCCGCAUGGUUCGAGAGACCAGCAGUGGUGGCCUCUUGGACCGAGAUCUCUUCCGAAAGUGUGUGAGCAGGAACAUUGUGCUCCUGACCCAGGCAUUCCGAAAGAAGUUCGUCAUUCCUGAUUUUGAGGAGUUCACGAGCCAUGUGGACCGCAUCUUUGAGGAUGCCAAAGAGCUCACUGGAGGCAAAGUGGCGGCCUACAUCCCUCAGCUGGCCAAGUCAAAUCCAGAUCUGUGGGGCGUCUCCCUGUGCACUGUGGAUGGUCAGCGGCACUCCGUGGGCCACACAAAGAUCCCCUUCUGCCUGCAGUCCUGUGUGAAGCCCCUCACCUAUGCCAUCUCCAUAAGCACCCUAGGCACUGACUACGUGCACAAGUUCGUGGGCAAGGAGCCCAGCGGCCUGCGCUACAACAAGCUCUCCCUCAAUGAGGAAGGAAUCCCCCAUAACCCCAUGGUCAAUGCUGGUGCCAUUGUUGUGAGCUCCCUGAUCAAGAUGGACUGUAACAAAGCAGAGAAGUUUGAUUUUGUCUUGCAGUAUCUGAAUAAAAUGGCUGGGAAUGAAUACAUGGGUUUCAGCAAUGCCACGGAAGGUAUUUUUCCCCCUUCUCCUCACACCCAUCCCUCAAAUGUCAAGUACUAAAUUGGGUGUUUGCUUCAGAUUCCAGUCAGAGAAGGAAACGGGGGAUCGGAAUUAUGCCAUCGGCUAUUAUCUAAAGGAAAAGAAGUGCUUUCCUAAAGGGGUGGACAUGAUGGCUGCCCUGGAUCUCUACUUCCAGCUGUGCUCCGUGGAGGUGACCUGUGAAUCAGGCAGUGUCAUGGCAGCCACCCUGGCCAAUGGCGGGAUCUGCCCCAUCACAGGCGAGAGCGUGCUGAGUGCUGAAGCAGUGCGCAACACCCUCAGCCUCAUGCACUCCUGCGGCAUGUAUGACCUCUCGGGCCAGUUUGCUUUCCAUGUGGGCCUGCCAGCCAAGUCAGCUGUAUCAGGAGCCAUCCUCCUGGUGGUGCCCAAUAUCAUGGGAAUGAUGUGUCUAUCACCUCCCCUGGACAAGCUGGGGAACAGCUAUAGGGGUGUCAGCUUCUGCCAAAAGUUGGUAUCUCUCUUCAAUUUCCACAACUAUGACAACCUGAGGCACUGCGCUCGGAAAUUAGACCCACGGCGUGAAGGAGGAGAAGUUCGGAACAAGACUGUGGUGAACCUGUUAUUUGCUGCCUAUAGUGGAGAUGUCUCAGCUCUUCGAAGGUUUGCCUUGUCAGCCAUGGACAUGGAACAGAAAGACUAUGACUCCCGCACAGCCCUGCAUGUUGCUGCAGCUGAAGGACACACUGAAGUUGUUAAAUUCCUUAUUGAGGCUUGCAAAGUGAAUCCUUUUGUCAAGGACAGGUGGGGCAACAUCCCCCUGGAUGAUGCUGUGCAGUUCAACCACCUGGAGGUGGUUAAACUGCUCCAAGAUUACCAGGACUCAUACACACCAUCUGAGACUCAGGCUGAAGCAACAGCUGAGGCCCUGUCCAAAGAGAACUUAGAGAGCAUGGUGUGAGCACGGGGCAUGCACAGUCCCUGCAUGAGAGAAGCACGAGCUGGCCACACACUUAACAUACAACCACCAAACAUGCUACAGAGGGCCACACUGCUUCAGUGGUGGCGGGGGUGGGCAGUGCUUUCAGUGAGAGUCAAAAUACCUCAUUCCCUUGGCAGACAGAGUAUAGAGAAGUGCCUUUGUGGACUCCUGCAGUAGAGUUAUCCAUGAAGAUUGUGGGCUUCUUUAAGGGACAGCCUAAUGGCUUAGCCCACUCCAGAUCAUCCCAGGUCUUCACGCAGGUCCCAUCUUCCUCUCUCUGAAGAAGCCAUUAUGAGAGAGAGAUACUCUGGUAAGGGGCUCUAGCCACCACGCACAUGUAUAUAUCCACAGAGAAAGAGAGGAGCUAUGCACCAGGCUUUAGUCGUCUGGAGAGAUCUGCCCCCCUUGGCCAGGAAGUGCUGCUACUGCUAACAGCAAUUUUAUAGACAGAGAAAGUAUUCUGUGCUCAAAUAAACUUUAAUUACACAAAU